AUGUCACUAUUCAAUAAUGAGGCAGAAGAGCCUCAAAGGUACAGCGAUAAUCCCGAAUUUGAGGAAUGGAGUACUCAAAUUGCUACUAACUUGUUCCAAAUGAAUGCUCAAUUAGGCACUCUUCAGCAGUUCAUUAAGGGGCUUGAGACCAAUUACAAAAAUGGGAAAUCAACGACACAGGUGGUUAAUAACAUUAAUACUAAAGCUGUUAAUAUUAUCGAUAAGCUUUCCGAAACUUCAAAGGUCCUAAACGGCUUGGUCCGUAAAGUGCAUGAUGUUGAUGUGGGUGAUUUGAAGCGCGAACAGGUAAUAUCAAGGGAAAAGCUAUCGAGGGACGUCAAAUACUCGGUUCAAGAGUUCCAGAAAUACCAGGUGCAGUUCAAGACUAUAACUAAGAAGAUUAAUGAAGAUGCAAAGAACGUAUUGGAACAGCAAAAACAUCAACUUGAAGAGGAUGAGAACACCGAUACGCGUCAAGGCAGCAAUACUGCAUUGCUGAACAGCGUGGUUAUAGAGCGGGAACCAAUAAAUAACGAAGAGUUUGCUUAUCAACAGAACUUAAUUAGGAUACGAGAUGAGGAGAUUGCCAACAUUGAGCGUGGGAUAAGUGAGUUAAACGAUGUGUUUCAGGAUUUGGGGACUAUUGUACGGCAACAAGGUGCAAUGGUGGAUAAUAUCGAAGCGAAUAUCUAUUCAACACUUAGUGAUACGCGUCAAGGACGUAAUGAACUUGAUAGAGCACUACGAAAUCAAAGAAGCUCCGGUCGAUUGUGCUUGUAUGUAUUAUUAUUUUUCCUUGCGUUCCACAUUCUAGUGGUAUUGGUAAUUUAA